AGCAGACAGGCAGCACCGCAGACGCUUCAACCGAGGCGGACCCCCUAGGGUGAGUUCGGGUUCUCUAUUAUCAAGUCCUUUUUCGCACCGCACACACAGCUCGGUCCUGGCAUCAGACAUACGCUACUUGAGUGCUCGAGCCUGGACUGUGCGUGCAUCGCGACUCAAUGCGACGGUGCUACGGGCUGCUCGCCAUCGCUGCGGCCGCUGCCACUGCAUUCACGCUGCCGCCGCGUGUGCGGACGCCGCGACUCGACGCCCAGCCUGACUCCGACGAGCGGCGCGGCAUCGAUCCGGUCGUGGGGAAAGCCAUCGUCGAAAAGAGCGGGUUCUUCGCCGCGGCCAUCGUGCUGGCCAUCUUGUUCGAGAAAUUCACAUGAUGAAGGCGACGGAGCUCCACGCGAGGCUGGGCGGCACGCUGCACACACUCUCGGCCGCGUCGUGGGCGCUGCAUGUAUCCCGCUGGCGGCCGUCGACGCCGGCGCGCUUCGACGCGGAGUGGGAAUUGCAUCCGGCCGAGAGGCGGGAAGUCGUCGUGUUUAACCGCCGCUGCUACGAGAACCGCUACUCGCGGGCCUUCGGCGACGUGUCCUACGCGUAUGCAGGGCAGGUCGCCCAGGCGACGCCUAUUGAAUCGACGACGGCGUGCGGCGAACUGCUCUCUGAAUGUAACGAAGCCCUCGGGUCCGGGUCCGACCUGAACAGUUGCCUCCAGAACUGGUACGAGCCCGACCACUGGCUCGGAGAUCAUAGAGACGACGAGCGCGCGCUGGUUCCGAGCGCGCCCGUCGCGUCCGUGUCGUGGGGCGCUUCACGGCGCUUCACGCUCAAGCCGCGGAAGAAGGUGCCCGCGUCCCUCGAAGCGGACGCCGCGGACUCGGUGCCGCUCGAGUUGUAUUUGGGCGACGGCGAUCUGCUGAUUAUGGGCGGCAGCUGCCAGCAGACACACGUGCAUGGGGUCCCGAAGCGCCGCAAGAAAGAUGAAGGAGAACCGGGGCGCCGGAUCUCGUGGACGUUCCGCCAGUUCAGGGCGCCGGGUGACUUGUUGGCACGGAAGCGUAAGAGGUAACAAUUCACUAG